AUGGAGUUUAAGUUUUGUGCACCGUCGGUGUAUGAAAUUUCUACACCAUCAGGAUUAAUGGAAAAAUCAAAUGUAGAUGUGCAAAAUAUAGGAGUUGAAGUUCUAUUAGAAGAAAGUGACAUGGAGGGAACUGGACAAACUGCUUCCGAUAUAGGUAUGGAAAAUUCAAAAGAUCCCUACAUUAGUAAGGAGUUUCAGUCUCUUGAUGAUUCAUUUAAGUUUUAUCUUGAUUAUGCUCAUCGUAAUGGUUUUAGUGUGCGCCGUGGUCGUAUGACUAAAUCAAGGAAAGAUAAAUCAAUAAUUGGUCAAGAGUUUGUUUGUUUGAAGCAAGGACUUCGUUCAAAGAAAAAUUUAGAAAGCAAUAAACCACAAGAUGAAACUAGAGAAGGAUGCAAAGCGUUGUUAUAUAUGUCGAAGAAAGGAGAAGAAAAAUGGGUUGUUUGUAGGGUUGUUGCUGAGCACAAUCAUGAACUUGCAUCUCCAAAUAGUCAAAAAAUUUUGCGGUCAAGACGUCAAUCCGAGAAUCCAGGUUUCUUUUAUGCAAUACAGAUGGAUGUAAAUGGUCAUUUAGCUAAUUGUUUUUGGGUUGAUGCUAGAUCUAGGAUUGCGUAUAAGAACUUCGGGGAAGUAGUUGUUUUUGAUCCUACAUAUCUGACAAAUAAAUAUAAGAUGCCUUUUGUUCCAUUUACUGGAGUUAAUAACCAUCAUCAAUCUAUUUUGUUUAGUUGUGCUCUACUUUGGGAUGAAACUCAAGACACUCUUGAGUGGUUACUUCGUACUUGGAAAGAGGCAAUGUUUGGAGUGGCACCUCAUACAAUCAUAACAGAUCAAGAUUCUGCCAUAACAAAUGCAGUUGCAACAGUAUUUCCUAACAGUAAACAUCACUUUUGUAUGUGGCACAUAACAAAGAAGAUUCCAGAAUAUCUAAGUCAUGUGUACCAUCAGUAUAACGACUUUAGUAACAAGUUUAGUUGGUGUAUUCAUGGUACAACCACUCCUGAGGAGUUUGAAACGGUGUGGUUCGAGAUAAUGAAAAUGUAUAAUUUAGAAGAAAAUAGUUGGUUGCAGAGGAUUUAUGCAAUUCAUGAAAAAUGGAUACCGGCAUAUGUGCGUAGCACUUUUUGUGCAGGCAUGUCGACAAGUCAAAGAAGUGAGAGUAUGAACAAAUUUUUUAAAGAUUAUUUGAAUUCUAGUACUCCAAUGAGUGUAUUUGUGGUGCAAUAUGAUAAGGCUAUUGACGCUAGAUAUGAUAAAGUAAGGGAGAAGGAUUACAAGACAAAACAUUCAAGACCUAUCUUGAAAACUUUGUAUCCUAUGGAAGAUGAAGCAGCGAAGGAAUAUACAAGAAAAAUGUUUCAGAUUUUUCAAGAAGAACUAAUUCAGUCUCAAAAAUUUAUCGCCGAAAAGAUUGAGGUCAAGAAUGGAGCAAACAUCUAUAAAGUACAUCAGCUUCAAAGACAAAGGCCAGCAUAUAUCGUUAGUCUAGAUCUUGCAUUGAAAAGAGUUGUUUGUUCAUGUCACAAGUUCGAGUUCAUGGGAAUUCUAUGUAGACAUGUACUAAUGGUAUUUAUAAAAAAACAGAUUCACUCACUUCCAAUGUAUUAUUUAUUAGAUCGAUGGACAAGAAACGCAACAAAAGAAAAAGCUAAUGACCCCUCAAACGUAACACAAACUUUGAAACCUUCUACUUUGUGGUUUAAUAACAUUAUGAUGCAUUCUAUUGGGUUAUCUGAACGAGCUACAAAGUCUGAAAAACAUUAUCAAUUUGCGCAUCAAAGAUUAUUGCAAUUGUGUGGAGAACUUGAUGAGCUUUCUUAUGAAUCUGAGGAAGAUUGUGUAUCAGGUGGUCAAGUUAGUGAGAAAGAUCAGGAAAUAAACUCAUGUGAACAAAGUCAAGAUGUUACUUUGCUUGACCCUCCGGUAGCAACAACUAAAGGGCGUCCGAGAUCUUUGAGGAUGAGAGGUUUUCUAGAAGUUACUCAGAAGACCAAAAAAGUUUCGUCUCCAAAAAUUAAAAGAAGAUCUUCUCAAAAGCAAAAAAGGCAAACGAAAAGUGUGAAACUUAAGAGAAAGGAAACAAGUUCAAACAUUAAUGCUUAUUCAGAAUUUUAUCAAGAAUAUGUUGAGAACGCUGGUUGUGCUUAUGCCACCUCAUUUACAUGCUAUGCUCGGUUGCAUCCUCGUGCUGUCAACUGCCGCAAGAAGAAGUGUGGACACAACAACCAGUUGAGGCCUAAUAAGAAGAUUAAGUACAUACUGAAUUCUAAUUGCUGCUGA